GUGUUUAAAAAAGGGGAAGUGGCACUCAGUGGAUCGCUCACUUGUCUCUCUGAGCGCACAACUAAGAUGAUGAUGGUCACUUGCCUGCUCCUCUCCAGCAUCUGGACUGCUGUUUCAGCCUCUGUGCAGGUGAUGAACAGAAAGGUCCAGUCAGUCCAGGCGGGAGGAAAUGUUACUUUUUCAUGCCGGUCAGUCACAAAAGAAGAUGUGAUACAGGUGACAUGGCAGAAGGAGAGAGAUGGGGCUGAAGACAACAUAGCAACCUACAGUAUGAUGAAUGGCCAAAAUAUAGCCAAGGCCUAUGUAAGCCAUGUGAGCUUUGCCCACAAUGAGUUACAAGCCUCAGCCAUCUCCCUUCAUGGAGUCACCCUCCAAGAUGAAGGAUGCUACAAAUGCAUCUUCAACACAUUUCCCUCGGGGGCUGUCACUGGCAGGAUGUGUCUCAAGGUUUAUGCCAUCUCGGACCCCAGACUGGAAACUAAGCUUAUAUCCAGUCCAGACAAACCUGACGACUCUGAGAAAAUGGUGGGGAUGAGCUGCUCAGCAACAGGGAAACCAGCUCCAAAAAUAAACUGGCACCUCCCCAGCAUCCUGCAGCAGAAACCAAGGGAGUACCACAUAAAGUUCAGCAACCAGACCGUGACUGUCAUCAGCAAUUUUACCCACACCUACUCCAAAAUCCUUCAGGAAUACCCCAUCACCUGCAUGAUCCAACACCCUUCUCUAAAUGUGACCCUGGUCCUGCCCACAGACAGCCUGGAGCAGGGUCUGGACAGCAGCAUGGCACCGGCCAUUGCCAUUGCACUGGGGGUCCUUGUCCCCCUGACCUCCCUUCUCAUUCUCACCUGCCUCUUCUACCACUGCCUCAGGCACCUACGUGACCCAGAGAGAAACCCAACCUGGCCCUGCUGGGUAGGUCUGCCUUUCCUCAGGGUGCUGCAAAAUUCACCCCCACAGAUCUUGGGGUUCAAUACCAUGACCUGGCUCUGCCCAGCCACACCAGGGCUGCCUGCACACUGCCCAAGCCAGGCUGAAACUGGGCUGGAGAGGGACACAGGAAUAAGCCCCCAGCCAGACAGCUGGGAAUGAGAAACCUGAUUGUGUAUAGCCAGCCUACUGGUGCCCAAGAGUGCUGGCAGGUAGAAAACAUUCAUUGUGCCAAUGACAAGGCAUGCUGCAGUGGGAGCAUCACUCUGCUAUUAUAUUUGUGCACAAAAUAGCUGUGUAAGCAGUGGCCAGACACUUGCAUGGGUCCUCUGCAGCUCCUAAAGUAGCCUCCCUCAGCACAACCAAUGCAGCUCAUGAAGGCAGCAACUUUGAAGAUGAGCCUCAAAAUAUGGUCUUAGAGGAAAACCGUGCCUCUGUGAGGGAAGCCCUGGGUGCCACACUGGGGCAUGGGCUGAGGCACUGCUGGUUGUUCACCAAGGCUAUCCUAGUGCAGGGGUGCAGGAUACAAGCUUGAGGUGGGGAUAAACUGAGGUGAAGUGGCACCGUUUCAGAAAAUCACAGUCUAGUUUUGUGAAGUCUCCUCAUCCUCCUUGCAGUACAUGCCUAGUAUGUGCACCCUGGAUUCUGAGGAACAUUUUGGAGAAAAAGAAGCAGUGGAGGAAAUGCAACACAUAUCUUAGGUGUUAUACCUCUAGGUCCGAGCUGAAGACUGCUGGUGGGAUUGCAAGGGAAAAACAUUAGUCUCCCCUCACAAAGAGACACAAGGACUCACUUGGCAAUACAAAUAUCCAGGAUCUUUACCCUCACACUUAAAACAUUCACAUAUUUUGAGGAAAUAAACACAAAAACCACUUUUUCAUCAGGUACUUCCUGCCUGCACCAAGGCCAAGAAGUGCAGGCAAUACGGAGCUGCAAGCACAUGGGCUCCUGCGGUGUCCCACAGCCUUGGUGCGCCACUGAACACCUGAGAAGCUGCCCCACCUACACAUGCAAGAGAUAAACACUUAAAGUGGCACUUCAAGCUUUCAAGGAAACCUCCUGUGACUUUCUCCAAGAAAAAAUAUAAAAAGGGGCAAUAAUAUAUCCUUUAUAAUAUGUAUUUAUUUAUUUUAUUACACUAUAAUAUUCUGUUUCAUAAGAAUAAAAUGUAAAAUAUUUAUUUGAAACUCAGGCUGGCUGUGUGGAUCCAUUUAGUUGAACUCAUGUAUUUUUGGGGGUUUUAACAUUGUUUAUUACUCUUUGAUAUUUUAACAUUGCAAACUCAAAAGUGGAUGCGGGAUUGAGUGAAACAAGACAACAUUUUGUAAGGCUGCUGGCUUGGAAAGUGUUGCUGAUGGACCAAAAGAGCCCCUUACCAGGAGCUGGGCUGCAGAAAACCUGCAGAACAGCCCAGCACACUGCUCUGAACUUCAGGUGUUGAACUUGUUCCCUAAAGGGCACGAGAGAUCAGGCCAAGACUGCAGCCAGCCUGGACUUACAACUCAGGUGCCAGGAGUAACAGGCUUCAAGCCAAGAGUCACGAGGAAGUGCCAAGUCCACUUUCCAGUAACCUCUCCUGGAAAGCAAUGUAGAAGGCACAUAGAUAUUUCCUUGUUCGCUCUUUCUUGGGGCUUUUCACUGCCCGCUUUUUAAUGUACCUGAUCUAUCACAGCAGCCUUGUGUUUCCUGGCAUCCCACCCACCUUAAGGAGGAAGCAGGGCAAUAAAAGGGCAGCUGCAGGGUUAGUAGGUUGUCCAGUGCAUUUUGUUUGUGUCCUGGUGUAGUGGCAGGUGAGUGCAGUGGGAAGCAAGAGGCUGCUAGGCCUGAGGAGGUGGGUGCUUUAUUUAUUUCCAUGUGGGCAGAUAAGUACCAGUGCAGGGCUAGGAAUGUUCCCUAUUCUGACCACGCUUUGCUUCUAAGCAGUGGGUCGGAUCUGAGCUGUAAUCUCCUGUAAUUCCCUGAAUUGCACCAUAUGCUCAUGAAGUCUCGUUGACUUAGGGAAAGAAAAAUGAGCCCACCUGGCUCAUGCUGGUCUUGUCGGAAGCCACCAGUGCAGGCUGCUUCCUCGCCUUCUGGCUUCCUGGAGCAAAAGCAUGUAAUCUGUUUUUUACUCAUACAUGUAUUUCAAAUGGGUGUCCCAUGUAAAUCACUAAGUUGUAGUCAAAAAGCCAAGUGAACUAAAAUGAAAUCAAGUUGAGAAUGAGUAAACCUGGUCUUUGCUAUAAAAUACUUCUUUUAAACCCCCCUAAUGCCUGGAAAUAGCACAGUUGGUGAGUGAGGGGAAAGAGGAACUGCCUGCAGCUGUUACAAUUGGGGUUUUUCCUGCAUAGCCUCCUAACUGUCAAAGGAGGAAGUAAUGGUUUGUCCAAACUUUUCCACCAUUGCUGCUUUGUUUCAUUCUUGAUGAGGGAAGAGGCCAGGGGAGAAGGGUUUCCCCUGGGUUUGUGGAGGGCAGGAAUGGGGUGGAAAGCCCCUGGCACCCUUCUUGUGGCUGUGUAGCCUCAGCCCUUGCCAUUCUGCACAGUCUGCACUUGCAAUUUAGAGCAAUUUAUUUGAGUUUUAACAUGAGGUUUCUGCUUGUGUUUAGACUACGGUUUUGUUGUUUGUUUUGUUGGGGUUUUUUUUAAUUAAAAAAAAAAUCUCCUGCAGAAACAGGGAGUUUAGACAAGGGUAAAGAAAAGGAUUUCCUGAGGGAAGAGAGAAAGGUACAAUGCCAGUCAGAAAUCUAUUCAAACCCAGGAAAAUGGCAGUGAUUAUCAAUUAUUGUUUUCUACAAGCUGAUCACCUGGAGUGUGGGAAAGCAGGGCUUGGAGUCAUGAAAGUAUCUGUUCAUGUGUGGUUUUGUAGUUUAUUUUACUUUUUAGCAGAAUGUAGAAAUUUUUAGAGGUUUUAGAGGUUUCUGAUUAUGAGUAUGAUAGGUCCAGCAGCUGGGUGAGGGAUGCAAUGGCUUACAAGUAAAUUUCUGUAUAAGAUUUAUUUUUCAUUCAUGAUAUUAGAAUGAGAAUAUGAUAUCCAGUCACGGAACACUUAAAACUAAUACAUGUACUUACCUUCAUGCUCUACAAAGCCAUCUGCUAAGAUGCAGCACCAUAAAAUGCUGUGUGCUACUGCUGUGGUGUUUGGUUUCACAUAGCAAUGAAAUGAAUGCAAGAAUACAGACUAUGGAUAAUUAAGCAGCUGAUAGCUCUGGGGCAAAAAAAGAAUAUGAAAUAGAUACAAACCAUCUUUUGUGGAAUAGAUAAAAGCAUGACUGAUGGAAUCAGAAGUUUUGACUAUGAAUGAUGAAAAUCCUAACUGCUGUUAUGAGAUUUCUUUGUAAUUAGUUUGUGCUUGUCUGUCCAGUUAUUUCUGUUAACAAUUUGUAAGAAUUUCUUAGAGGUUAAAUUUCAAAUUGGUUUAUAUAGAUACCUAAUAUUUAA